UCUCUACGUUUAUGUCAUUGUUCGUUCCCCUGUGCAUGGGCUACUGCUUCGUGAACCUGGUCGACGGGGCGCGGGCGCGGCACCUGAUCGAGAAGUUCGACGGUCAGCACUGCUGGGGCGUCGACGCGGCGUCCCCGAAGGUCUGCGCGGCAUCCCUGGCCCGGACGCAGGGCCUGGCGGCGAACGUCCACCGCUACCAGAACAGCCCCGUGAUGGGCCACGGGGUCCCGGAGUGCUUCAAGCCCGCGGUGUUCGCUGGCAUGCAGCAGGUGCCCUUCCCCGGGCCGACCAAGAAGCUGCCCCCGGUCCUGCGGCGAGUGGCCCCGCAGCAGUAG